AUGACAGAACACCGCCUACCGGUCAAGCAGCUGGCCAUUCUCUCACUAUGCCGGUUUGCCGAGCCCAUCGCCCUCACGUCUGUCUUCCCCUACGUACCGGAGCUCAUGGAGUCCUUUGGCAUCCCCAAGAAUGAUAUCGCGCGCUGGGCUGGUAUCUCGUCCUCGGCCUUCUCGCUAUGUCAGGGCUUCACUGGCCUCCUCUGGGGCGCUGCAUCCGAUCGCUAUGGGAGGAAACCGAUUAUACUUUUUGGCCUUACCAACACCAUGUGGUCGAUGUUGCUAUGGGGCUUCUCGCUCAAUCUGCCCAUGGCUUUAGCCGCACGCGCUAUCGGAGGACUAUCGAACGGGUACGUGGGCAUACUGCGCACUACGGUGGCCGAACUAUGCCCAUGGAAAGAACUACAACCGAGAGCGUUCAGUGUCAUGCCUUUGGUCUGGACAGUUGGUGCCACGUUUGGACCUACACUCGGUGGAGCCUUGGCCAAUCCUCUCCGCGUAGAUCCUCGCAAGCCUAAAGGCACCGCUUUCCUGGAGAGGUUUCCGUACUGCUUGCCUAACAUUGUGGCCGCCGCAUUAUUCACUUUCGGCAUUUCAGUAGGCUGGCUGUUCCUACAGGAGACCCUGGAAAGCAAGAAGCACGCUCCAGAUCUAGGCCUGAGAACUGGGGCUCGGUUGACAGCAUUUGUUCGCAAAAUACUACACCUUCCAACCAAGAAGCAGACCAGCGGUUCAGAGUACGAGCCUCUACUUGGUCAGCAUAAAGUGAUCGACAGCGAAACGAGGUCGCAACAUGAUGCUGCUCAUGAAAUCAUCCCAGAAAAGGCACCAAGGUAUCGGGAUGUAUUGACAUAUCAGACAUCGCUUAAUCUGAUUGUGUACACGCUACUCGCUAUGUACCUUCAGGCAUAUGAUCAGCUGCUUCCAGUGUUCAUGCAUCACCCUGUACAACUCGCAGACGACCCUACGGUAUCGCUUCCUCUGAAAUUUGCAGGAGGCUUCGGAAUUGAAUCCCGUCGCAUCGGCAUCAUUUUCACCGUGUUCGCCAUCUCAUGCACUGUGUGUCAAUUCCUGCUGUUCCCACCCAUUGCGCGCUACCUCGGUGUUGUUCGCUGUCUUCGGAUCGCCUUUCUCAUCUUCCCAUUUGUGUUCUUCGUCACACCGUUUCUGUCGCUUAUCCCAGAUCCAGUCAUGAGGGAAGUCGCUAUGGUAAUGCUCUUAAUGGUCAGAGGCCUGGCUGGCACAUUCUCAUUCACCACCAGUACAAUCAUGCUCACGAACAGUGCGCUUAGCCUACGUGUCCUAGGCACCGUCAACGGCCUGGCUACUAGUUUUAGCUCUUUUGGCAGGGCACUAGGUCCUACCUUGGGGGGCGGGUUGUUUACUUGGGGUGUCAAGCGCGGCUAUGUCAUUGUGCCUUUCUGGACAAUGUCUGCCAUUGCGCUUGCUGCCUCUGUACCAACUUUCUGGCUAGUCGAGGGUAAAGGGUUUGGAGGCGACGAAGAGAUCAACGACCAGGAGAACACCAUCGAGACAGAAGAAGAAGUGGUUGGAAACGACGCAAGUGUACCUCCAACAGCCUGGCAGCAAGAUGAAGCAGCGUUUUCAGAGUCGGAAUUCGGCGACUUUGGUGACCCACCAAAUAUCUUGAGUCUUACAACUACGCGAUCGAGCGUGGCCAUGGCCUCCGAUGAUGAAGACAACGCUUCGGUGUCUGUGGGUCAAGGGCAGUCGGUGAAUCCUUUGGAGGCGGCAAGAAGUCAUUCGCAGACCAGAAGACGAAAGAUUGUAAGGAGGACGUCAUCGAUACCGAUUGGUAUGGGUAAGGGAUUCAGGCGAUAUAGCUCUAACCUAGGCAGCACGGGUAUCGGCGGAGGCGGUGCUAGCUGGGGAGGCGCAUAA